UCCUCUUUCUCCCGCUACACGGCGCGUAUAUAUAAAAAAAAAGUCUCGCUCGUCGAUUUCUCGUCUAUAAUUCGUUGACCCUUGCUUCUCCCGUGUCUGAUCUUUGAUUUGGCCGACUUGAACUAAAUCACAAAAAUCCUUUUGAGCAUCAUACGUCGGUAACGCACGCACGGGCAGGCGGUAUUCUACAAUUUUUACGUGCUUCUAAAAGAGUAUUGUAUGAGUCAAAAAAUAGAAAAACCAAUAUUAUCAGGUCAGCGAAUAAAGACCAGAAAAAGAGAUGAAAGAGAAAAGUAUGAUCCAACAGGGUUUCGAGAUGCGGUUCUUCUUGGAUUGGAAAAGGCUGGUAACGACUUAGAAGCAAUAUCUAAAUAUCUGGAUACUGCUGGUUCCAAAUUAGAUUACCGCCGAUAUGGGGAAGCUCUAUUUGAUAUUUUAAUUGCUGGGGGCCUCUUGGUUCCUGGCGGAUCUAUAGCUCAAGAUGGUGACAAACCGGUUAAGACCAGUGCAUGUGUUUUUGAGCAGCCAGAGGACAUGGAAUCUAUGAGAAAUUUUGAACAGGUCUUUAUUAAACUUAUGCGACGUUACAAAUAUUUGGAAAAAAUGUUUGAAGAAGAGAUGAAGAAAGUAUUGGUUUUCAUGAAAGGAUUUUCACCUAAAGAACGUAUUAAAUUAGCUAGAAUGACAGCCUUAUGGAUCUCUAAUGGUUCUGUACCACCUACGGUACUCUCGGUUCUUAUCAAUGAGCAUCUUGUCAAGGACAACUUGGCAUUAGACUUUCUAUUGGAAGUUUUUGUUACUUGGAAACAAGAGAAAGGUUUAUCUAGUUUAAUGACAGCUCUGAAAAAAGGAGGCAUUGAAGGAAGAUUGAUGGAGUUUGUACCACCGAAUAAGAGAACAGAAGAGCAUUUUCGAGCUGUAUUUGAAGCAGUAGGUUUGGCUGAUAUCGUAAAAUUACAUAAGGCUCAAGCCAGUCAGGAAGCAAAACGAGAUUUGCAGCAACUUCUUUUAGAUCAAUUAGCCGAGAAUAGACCGAUGAAAGACAUCAUAUUAGAUCUCAAAGAAAUGGCACAAAGGAAUGGCAUUCCGGAACAUGAAGUUAUCGGAUUGAUUUGGGUUGUUGUAAUGGGUCAAGCCGAAUGGAACAAGAAAGAAGAGUUAGUUGCCGAACAAGCGUUAAAACAUUUAAAAAUUUAUACUUCACUGUUUGGUGCUUUUACAACCACUGCCAGAUCUGAGCUCGCACUCAUCCUCAAGGUCCAGGAAUUUUGUUAUGACAACAUGAAUUUUAUGAAAGUCUUCCAGAAGAUCGUUUUACUCUUUUAUAAAACGGAUGUUGUAUCAGAAGAAAUAAUAUUAAAGUGGUACAAAGAAGGUCAUUCAGUCAAAGGAAAAAUGCUCUUUUUAGACCAAAUGAAACAAUUUGUAGAAUGGCUGCAAAAUGCUGAAGAAGAGUCAGAAUCUGGAGAAGAGGAAGAUUAAAAAAAAAAAAAAGAAAAGAAAAAAAGAAAAAAAAAGAAAACCUAUUUAAGUAAGUUUUCACACAUCUUUGUGUGUAAAAUUGUGCAUUUUAAGACAUUUUUUUCACAGACUAUAUAUUUAAUGCCAGUAAUGAAGAACAAUAUAGUUGCAAAAACGAAACGAGUCAACAAUUCAAUAUCAAUCGGAAAAGAAAUCAAGGAUCGCGCCAUAAAAUUAUACAAUAUAAAUAAAAUAAAACUUCAGUCAAUGUUAGAUUACUCCACAAUGAAUUAGGUACUUCAGAGAGAAUAGAACAUUUUUUAAAUUGUCAAUAAGAACUAACAUCCAAUCAGUGUGGAACAACUGUGAAUUUGCAAUGUCUUUAAAUUGCAUUACUUUAAGAAAAAAUAUUUUGUGUUACAUUUUUAUAACUCCUACAAAAUAUACAUAGAAUAACAAAGAAAUUGUAUGAAAAACAAUCUUUAUCCCUGUACGUACAAUUUUCGGAUCCCUAUCUUUCUUUGUAUAAAACUAUUGUACUAGUUUAUAGAAAAUAUACUGACAGGUGAUGUUUAGUA